GAAACAAGAGCGCAGUAGACUUCGCACGUGCCGAAGAAAAAUAUUUAAAAAAAAAAAUAUUUUAUUUGUGACUCAUUUCCAAUGUAAUAUGAAUAAUAUGAUUAAUUUAUUCACCAGCAGCUGAUGACUGUUAACUUGGGCAGGCUGUGUAAAUAUUACGUUGUUUAAAAACUGUGACCUAAGCGUGAAUUUAUUUUCCGAUUAGCUGUGUGCUUCAAGGAGUUAGUAAAUAGUGAUGUGCUACACAUAACAUUACCUAUUAUCAAGUGGGUCGUUUGUAAAUAUGGGUCAAGUGAAGAGUCGUCUGGCGAGGUGCUGCCCCCCGCAGUGUGGAUGCUGCGGUGGUCGUGCGACCGCGUCGUACGACCUGAAGGAGCUGCCCAGGCCGCCUAGACUGGACAUGUCCAAUGACGUGAUCGAUGGCACACGACAAGGCGUCCUGGCGGUGCAAGGCAUCGACUUCUGCCACGAGGCGAAUGGCGAGGACCACCACACCGGCAAGUUCCACCUCAUGACGAGGAGUGUGGGCCGCAGCCUCGUGGUGCGCCGCGGCCAGGCCUUCAAGCUCGACCUGCUGCUCAACCGUCCCUACGACGCUAACCGAGACAAUGUUUCGUUCAUAUUCUACGUUGCUGAUGUGGAGAAGCGAGGUCCGUCAGACGAUACUUCCGCUGCCGUUCCGUUGUUGGAGAAAGGGUCGGAGACGCUCGGCUCGUGGAAUGCGGUGUACGAGGGUCAGAUGGACCUGCACCUCAUGGUAGCCGUGACCCCCGCUGCCGACUGCAUCGUCGCCGCCUGGAACAUAGACAUCGACACCAAGCUCACAGGAGGAGGAUCCCUGAGCUACACACACCCUCAGCCUAUCUACGUAUUGUUUAAUCCAUGGUGUUUGAACGACACAGUCUACAUGCCAGGUCACAGUCACAGAGAAGAAUAUGUGCAAGAAGACGGGGGUCUGAUGUUUAGAGGAGUCUACAACAGAAUCAAACCAACGCCGUGGAAUUACGCACAGUAUGAAAAAGAUAUACUCGAAUGUUCUCUUUAUCUAGUCAGAGAGAUUGGAAAGGUGAAAGGUCGUGCAAGAAGUGACCCAAUUAGGACGGCUAGAGCAUUAUCAGCCGCCGUCAAUGUCCAAGAUGAUAAUGGGGUUCUCAUGGGGAACUGGGCUUCUGAACUCAGUGACUACAGCGGUGGCACUCACCCCGUCAAGUGGGUUGGGUCUCUAGCGAUAAUACAGAAGUAUUAUGAGAAGAAGAAGCCAGUAAAGUAUGCCCAGUGCUGGGUGUAUGCCGGCGUCUUGACCACUGUUUGCAGAGCUCUGGGUAUUCCCUGUAGGCCCGUGAGCGGCUACAACGCGGCGCACGACAGUCAGGGCAGCCUCACCAUAGAUGUCAUCAAAGACGAUGACGGCAGCACUCUAGAGGAAUUCACCAAGGACUCCAUAUGGAACUAUCACGUCUGGAAUGAGGUGUGGAUGGAGAGGCCAGACUUAGGGGCUGAGUACGGCGGAUGGCAGGCCAUAGACGCCACUCCUCAGGAGACGUCGGAAGAUGUCUUCAGGUGUGGCCCGGCCUCGCUCAGAGCCGUGAGAGACGGGGAGCUGCAACGCCCUUAUGAUGCCGGAUAUGUUUUCGCCCAAGUCAAUGCUGAUAAGGUUCUAUGGAAAUACUCGGGUGAGAUUCAGCCACUGAAGUUAUUAGCGCGCGACACAACUUCUAUCGGCAAAAACAUUUCUACCAAAGCUAUCGGUAAAAUGGAGAGGGAGGACAUCACAAACAUCUACAAGUACCCGGAGCAGACGUACGAGGAGCGGCUCACGAUGGAGAAGGCGCUGCGCAAGUCGGAGAGCAUCUUCGCGCGCUACUACCUGAACGACGCCUUCAACGACAUCCUGUUCGAGUUCGAGCUCCGGGACGACAUCAAGAUUGGACAGGAUUUCAAUGUCAUACUGCACAUAAAGAACCGCUCGCACUACAGUCCGCACCAAGUGAAGGGCGUGCUCCGCGUCGAUACGGUCACCUACACGGGCAUCACGGGCGACGGCGUGAAGCGCUACGAGUUCGACCUGGCCAUGGCUCCGGAGGGCAAGGAGCAGGUCCAGCUGCUGGUCACCUUCGACGACUAUUAUAAGAAACUUGUGGAUCAGGCCUCCUUCAACAUCGCCUGCUUAGCCUCAAUCGUUGACACGAAAUUCGAUUACUUCGCCCAAGACGAUUUCCGUGUUCGCAACCCUGACAUCAAGAUCAGCAUCGAAGGGAAACCAGUGUCCAGGAAAGAAUUCACAGCUACUGUCAAAGUAGAGAAUCCUCUACCGAUACCACUGAAGAAGGGAAAGUUCUACAUUCAAGGACCAGGGCUGGAUGAGCAGCUGAAGAUUGAACUCGAUGAAAACGUAGCUCCAGGGACAGUUGCAUCGGCUCAGUUCCAGCUGACUCCGCCGUGGGCAGGUCGGCACCAGAUAUCUGCCAAGUUCUCCUCCAAAGAGAUGAAGGACGUGGACGGGUUCCUCUCCUUCAUCGUGGCUCCACAAGCCGAAGUCAACGGCACUUCGUCUAGCGCUAAUAACGAGAGCAAUGAGAUUUGAGCUGUGCUUAGUAUUAGAAUAUUUUUUUUAAUGUAAAGUGUACCUACCUAUGUAAAGUUAAGUAGUUAGUCAUAAGAAUAGAAAAUAAGUAUUUAACAAGGCAACGAUCUACUUAGGUAUUUACCGUGCAGCCAUGUAAUUUAUUAAUAUUUUAUAGUGAAUUAAUAAUAAUUAGUAGUAAAAAUGUACUCUCUUCGUGUAGGUAAUGCUGUCCUUGACCUCGGAAUUUGUAAAAUAGUGUGUGAUAAAAUAAUGUAUUUUAAUGAUAUUGUUACAUUAAUCUUUCUUUUAAAUAAAACAGAUUUAAGCUUG